AUGAAUUAUUUUUCAGCAAUUGGUGAUCGUAUAUUAACAGCACCACAAACAUUUGGUCGUAUUGUAACAAUACCUGAUGGUGAUAUAGCAAUGAUUCAACUUGAUCAUAUACUUGCUGUUAAUGGUUCAAUGAUUAGAAAUGGAUCAUUGAAUGAUCAUACUAACUAUGUUAGCAUGAAUAAUUUUGAAUGGGAUACUUCACGUGAUUAUUGGCGACCAAAAUUUGCACUUGGUGAUAAAAUAACAUUACAUAUGACGACAACAAGAGAAGAAACAUCCCGAAGUGCUCCACCACCUCGAACAUUACCAGUAAAAACAUUAGAAUCAAUUGAAAAAAAACGUCCAAUACCAAAAUUGUUUGAAAUUAAUCUUAAUAAGCCAAGAGAAGCCUUUGUUGAACCACCCCGUGAACCAACACCUCCUCCAUCGCAACCACCACCAUUAUCAAUGCCUAAUAUUGAUCAUGAAGAAAAUAAUUAUUCACAACAAAUUCCAACUACAGAAAAUAAAGUGAUCACAAGUGAAGAAAUUACAUUUGAACGUCCAAUGUCUGUUCGAAUAAUAAAACAAAAACAAGAACAACAAAACAAAGAUUUCACAAUUAGUGAAACAAUUUCUUCAUCACCUGUUCUUAUUGAAUCAACACUUUUUCUUAUGCCUGAUCAAUCACAAGCACCAAUAUCAUCUUUUGAACAACAACAACAACAAUCAUUUACUGCAUCAACAAUAAUCAAUGAUUUUGAACAUUCAUCAUCUGCUUCUCGACGAACAACAACAAAUCGUAUACAUGUACCAGUACAUAAUGCAUCACAAUGGUUUAAUGGACCUAAUAUGCAAAAUGAACGAUCAGGUCGAAUGGAAAAAGUUGUUUCUUCACUUGUUCGCCGAUCAUUUCGUCCAGUAUCUGAUAAUACGAUGCCACGUGUACCUACAUUAACGUCACCAUCAUCAAGAGAACAUGCUCUAUCUAAAGGUGUUCGACCAGGUACAUUACAAGAUUUUUGUAUUGAAAGUCAGCGAAUGGUACCAACACCAUUUAUGUUCAAUCGACAAUCGCAAUCAGCUAAAAGUCGAUAUACAUCAACAACACGUUCGUAUGAUGUAAGUCGUUCAAAUGAAAGUGGAUUUCGCAUUAAAUCUCUGUUCAAUCCACCAUGUCCGACACCUUCAUGGAUGUGA